GCAGCACAGUCGCACCUCAGAGCAGCUGCUAACACACACGCACACACACACACACACACACACACACACACUCACACACAUACAGAGUCUGCAGCAAAUAUAGUGGAACUCGCAAUGAAACCGUGGACAGAGUGAGAAAAAUCCACACAGAGAGAGGGAAAGAAACAGCUAGACUGAAAUAGAACAAAACAGACGCAAAAAGGGAACUUACAGUACAUUUCCAGGCAGAAGUACAGAAGAAGACGUCUACUGGACAGGAUUCAGAAUCAGCACGUGAAAGAGACACGUUCACAGCGGCCAGAUGCCUGUAUUCAAGAUGUUCGAACCCAAGCAGGAUGAGCCACGUGACCUCAGGGGCCGGAGAAUGACCUCUGAGGAUGACCGUUCCCUUGGCAACCUGUCUGAUGCAUUGGCCACUGCUGCGAGUAGCCCUCAGUCCAGGAGUCUCACCCUGCUGGAGGAUCUGUGCGCCCCUCUGGAGGAGAACAGCCGCCUGGUUCCAUCAACACCUCCGCCCUCUACUGAGGGAGAAGAUGGGAAAAGCACAGAGAGCAGCAUGAACGAGCUGUGGAGGGAGGAUGAAGGCAAAGAGAAAGAGGAGGAAAGGGGGAAUAGUGAGCCAAUGACCGAAGCGAAAGAAGAGCAGGAGUUCUCGCAAGCACACGCAAGAGACAGUGAAGAUGAAAAACAGCUGCUUGUCGAUGAAGACAACGCUUCAGAGGCGGUGGACACAAACGCUCCACCUUCAUCCUCUUCCUCAUCAUUUGUCAUCCCUGAGUUGCGAUUAGAUCGGUCUUUCAGUGCAGAUGCCCUGUCCACCCCCGGAACCGAUGAAGAGUAUGAAGAAGAUGAAGAUGAUGAGGAUGAGGAGGACAGUGAUGAUAACUACCUGGAACGCAGUGACAGCAAACGGAGGAGCAUGGUAGAGGCCACUUCCUGCGAAAAGCACUCAGGUGGACUCAGCGUGCAGAAUUCCCUGCGCAGACGCACACACAGCGAGGGCAGUCUUCUCCAGGACCCUCGCACAGCCUGCUUCACAUCUGACAAUGCCAUCAACUGCAUGGAGGUGACCGGGACACAUGAGGGAGGCUGGACGCUUCCCUCACCCAAAACCUUGAAGAAAGAGCUGACUAAGAAUGGAGGGUCCAUGCACCAGCUGUAUAUGCUGUUCUCUGGAAGAAAA